AUGACUUUUGGACAGUCCAAGCUAUAUCGAAGUGAGGACUAUGGAAAGAACUUUAAGGAUAUUACAAAUCUCAUCAAUAACACCUUCAUUCGGACUGAGUUUGGCAUGGCUAUUGGUCCUGAGAAUUCUGGAAAGGUGAUUUUAACAGCAGAGGUGUCUGGAGGAAGUCAUGGAGGAAGAAUCUUUCGAUCAUCAGAUUUUGCAAAGAACUUUGUUCAGACCAAUCUCCCUUUUCACCCUCUGACUCAGAUGAUGUAUAGCCCUCAGAAUUCUGAUUACCUGUUAGCCCUCAGCACUGAAAAUGGCCUGUGGGUGUCCAAGGAUUUUGGGGGAAAAUGGGAAGAAAUCCACAAAGCAGUGUGUUUGGCCAAAUGGGGGUCAGAAAACACCAUCUUCUUUACCACCUAUGCAAACGGCUCUUGCACUGACCUUGGGGCACUGGAAUUAUGGAGAACUUCAGACUUGGGGAAGAGCUUCAAAACCAUCGGUGUGAAAAUCUACUCCUUUGGUCUUGGGGGACGUUUCCUUUUUGCCUCUGUGAUGGCUGAUAAGGAUACAACGAGAAGGAUUCAUGUAUCAACAGAUCAAGGGGACACGUGGAGCAUGGCCCAGCUACCUUCUGUGGGGCAGGAACAGUUCUAUUCUAUUCUAGCAGCUAAUGAUGACAUGGUGUUCAUGCAUGUAGAUGAACCUGGAGAUACCGGAUUUGGCACAAUCUUUACCUCAGAUGAUCGAGGCAUUGUCUAUUCCAAGUCCUUGGACCGACAUCUCUACACCACCACAGGUGGCGAGACGGACUUUACCAAUGUGACCUCCCUCCGCGGGGUCUACAUAACAAGUGUACUCUCAGAAGAUAACUCUAUCCAGACUAUGAUCACUUUUGACCAAGGAGGAAGGUGGAAGCACCUGAGGAAGCCUGAAAACAGUGAAUGUGAUGCUACAGCCAAAAACAAGAAUGAGUGCAGCCUUCAUAUUCACGCUUCCUACAGCAUCUCCCAGAAACUAAACGUUCCAAUGGCCCCACUGUCAGAGCCUAAGGCCGUCGGCAUAGUCAUUGCCCAUGGUAGUGUAGGGGAUGCCAUUUCAGUGAUGAUCCCAGAUGUGUACAUCUCAGAUGAUGGGGGUUACUCCUGGACGAAGAUGCUCGAAGGACCCCACUAUUAUACCAUCCUGGAUUCCGGAGGCAUCAUUGUGGCCAUUGAGCACAGCAGCCAUCCUAUCAAUGUGAUUAAGUUCUCCACAGAUGAAGGUCAGUGCUGGCAAACCUACAUGUUCACCAAGGAGCCCAUCUACUUUACCGGUCUAGCUUCAGAACCUGGAGCUCGGUCCAUGAAUAUCAGCAUAUGGGGGUUCACAGAAUCUUUCCUGACCCGCCAGUGGGUCUCCUAUACCAUUGAUUUUAAAGAUGUCCUUGAAAGGAACUGUGAGGAGAAGGACUAUACCGUAUGGCUGGCUCACUCUGCUGACCCCGGAGACUACGGAGACGGCUGCAUCUUAGGCUACAAAGAACAGUACCUGCGGCUCCGCAAGUCGUCUGUCUGCCAGAAUGGUCGGGACUAUGUUGUGACCAAGCAGCCGUCCGUCUGCCCCUGCUCCCUGGAGGACUUCCUCUGUGAUUUUGGCUACUUCCGUCCAGAAAAUGAUUCCAAAUGUGUGGAGCAGCCAGAACUGAAGGGCCACGACCUGGAGUUUUGUCUGUAUGGCAGAGAGGAGCACCUGACAACAAAUGGGUACCGGAAAAUUCCAGGAGACAGAUGCCAAGGUGGAGUGAAUCCAGUUCGAGAAGUAAAAGACUUGAAAAAGAAAUGUACAAGUAACUUUUUGAGUCCUGAAAAGCAGAAUUCCAAGUCCAAUUCUGUUCCAAUCAUCCUGGCCACCGUGGGACUGAUGCUGGUCACCGUCGUAGCAGGGGUGCUCCUCGUGAAGAAAUACGUGUGUGGGGGAAGGUUCCUGGUGCAUCGAUACUCUGUGCUUCAGCAACAUGCCGAGGCCAAUGGUGUGGAUGGCGUGGACGCUCUGGACACAGCCUCCCACACUAACAAGAGCGGCUAUCACGACGACUCAGAUGAGGACCUCCUGGAAUAGCUCCUCCAAGGAGCUGGGACCGAGGACAGAUGAUGGAACCGCAGUACCUC